CACAGGCCAGUCAGAGAAGCAGGAUAUCGGACAUCGUCAUGACACGUAAACUUUUACAUUAAGAUGACAAUGACAUUUGGAGAGAAUGUUUGGUAAGAUAGCCUGUGUUACUAAAAAGAGGUCUAAAGGAAUUCACUAUGACUGAGGAAAAACCAAAGCGCUGUUCUGGAUUGUGCAGCAUUAGGACUUGCAUUUAUAUACUUGCAGGGUUAUCCAUUAUUGUUCUGAUUAACAUGCUCAAUGCUAACAACCAUUUGACAUCACUGAUCCUGCUUUCCAAGCAACUUAGAGAUGGUUUCAAACAGUUUGUAAACUACAACGGUAGUGCUGAUGUGCAACAUGGUGGUCAGAGCAAUUCUUAUAUAAUGACAGCAAUUCAGUCUGGAUCAGGCAGCACUGUUUCAGGAUCAACCCCAAGCAAUAAGGUCACAUCCCAGAAAACAAUCCAGACUCAAAAACCCACCAUCAAACCAACAACUUUAAAAGUAACUACAAAAUCUCGUCCUGCGCAGCCAACCCCACGACCUGAUGAAUGCAAAUCCUGCUUUCAACACAACUUUAAAUAUGUCAUAGAUAAUGAACAUAUAUGUGAUUCUGGAGAAGGCAAGAGUAACGUGGACAUAAUUGUCCUUAUUCUGACCAUACAUGCUAACAGGGAAGCAAGAGACACCCUCCGACAAACCUGGCUAACUCCAACCAAAAACAACACAUCUGAUAUCAGAUACGCAUUCUUACUAGGCAACACAAAAGAUCAAAAUCUCCAGAAAAAAGUUGAAGCUGAAAACGCAAUUUACCAUGACAUCCUCCAAGAGGACUUUGUUGAUGCAUAUAUGAAUCUAACAUACAAGACCAUAAUGGCUUUCAAGUGGGCAAGCACUAAGUGCAAACAGGCAAAAUUUGUAAUGAAGACAGAUGAUGAUAUGUAUGUCAAUUUAGAAGGAGUGAAACAUGUGGUAUCUGUACAUGGGUCCAGCCUUCAGACUGCUGUGGGAGGAGCAUGUCAUAUGUCUGCUGGUCCAAUCAGAGAUAAAAAUUCUAAAUGGUAUGCAUCAAAGUUAAGUUAUCCAAGGAAUUCCUAUCCUGGUUUUUGCUCUGGGACAGGCUAUGUUACAAGUAUGAAUGUAGCAUCAAAGAUAUACGAAACUUCAAAACAUGUUCCUUUCUUCCACCUGGAAGAUGUAUAUGUUGCUCUUUGUAUCAAGAAACUGGGUUACAAACUGAAACCUAUUGCUGGAUUUAACUCGGGGCGUACACCACCGGGGUGUGCGUACAAAACAAAAAAUGUUGUGACAUCACAUUAUAUGGGUUUGCCACUCAUCAGAAAGAUGUGGAACUUGAAAUGUUAAAAUGUUAUUGCUACAAAUUUACAACUCCUGGUCCCAGGAUCAUUAAAUAGACUUAGACUUAAGUUAAAUUUUCAACCUCCUGUAAAAUGUAAUUGUUAAAUUAAUCUCUAAAUUUGCGAUAUUAAGACCUUUUAAAUGCAAUAUUGAAAAAUAUUUUAAUUUUGGACUGCUUGACUUGUACAUAAUUUUAGCACAGCCUUAAGAUUUUGACUUAAGCUUAAGAUGUUCAUGAUCCCGGGGCCUGGUAUAUAUGUGUCAUACAUUCUUGUGAGACAGAAGAAAGCAUUGUUGCUAAAUAUCAUUAAGCGUUGCAGUGCAAUGCAACGCUUAAUGUUAUAAAUUAUUGCAUUAAUAGUUGACAUUCUCAACCACUUAAUGAUAUAAUUCUUUCAUUAAGCGGCAAUUUAGCAUUAGUGGUUGAGAAUAUCAUCUAUUAAUUCCAUAAUUUAUGGCAAUAAGUAUUGCAAUUGCAACACUUAAAGAUAUUUCUAUCUUUCAUUAAGCGGCGUUUUAUCAUUAGCGGUUGCUACAAAGCAUUAAGAAAAAAGAAAUCCUCUGAUGCAUUUGAAGAAAUCCAUUUAAACAACAUUAUUCAAAUUGUAAAACAACACUUUAUGGUUGUUUUUUUUUUUAUUAUUAAAGUGAAAAUGUAUACAUGUACUAGUCUUAUGUUGCUUUCUGACCACUAGCUUUCAUUUGAAAUCCACCUGAAUUUAUUGUAAUUAUCUACUGUUUGUAUACCCCCCUUUUUUAGAAAUUGUAUAUUUUUUUCUUUAUAUUACGUAUACUCUGUAAUCAUUGUCACUCUGUGAUUGGUUUAAUGUGAAAUCCUGAUUUGUUUAAGUCACCGAUUUAAUUCUCCACAUGUGUGAACAUGCAAGGAGGAAAAAAAAAGAUUAUGAUUUCAAUUUUGUAACGCUUCAUAUAUUAUGACAAUUGCUACAUUUUUCUUUCCAAUCUGCUCAAUUUAGGAUAAAAAUCCAUCUUAUUUCUCUAAUUUUUGAAAGGUUAGAUUUAUUAAGAUUAUUUGCAUGGCUAUUUUUACCAAAAAAAUAAAUCAAUAUUUUUAAUAAAAAUGAAUUAGAUUAAGGACAGAUGAUACAAACAAAAAUAUGGAUGCCUGAAUUGGUUUAUAUUUUUUGACCUAUUCUGGUUGUAAAUGAAGUGACUGAUAAAUUUGUAAAAUAUUCAGAAAUUCUAAACUUUCCUUGAUGUUCAAAAUUCUACCUUUCUGCAAUGGUCCUUAUUAAUCUAUAAAAAUUUUGUCACUUAAAAUCCCAUUAUUGUGAAACUUUGAAUGAAAAGUUAAACUGAUUCAUUUUACUUAUAUAAAAUCUUCAGGAUUUUUGAUAAAAGUUUUGAGUUGGUAUGUAUUUCUGUAUAUUACAAA